AGAUAUUACCCGGCCUUCAUCGACGUCCGAGGUCGCAGAUGCGUGGUUAUUGGCGGUGGCGCGUUGGGAGAGGAAAAAGUAGUCAAGCUGCUGGAAUGCGACGCUCGUGUAAUAGUUAUUGCGCCAGAAGUUACGUCAGUGGUCAAGGGUCUGGCCGCUAAAGGUAAGGUCGAGUGGCUCAUGCGUCAGUAUCGGAGUGGAGACCUUGCCCAGGCAUUCAUUGCCAUAGCAUCCACCGAAGACGAUGAAAUAGACCGCCAGAUAUACGGCGAGGCGGAAGAGCGUAACGUGCUGCUCAACGUUGUAGACGUGACCCAUCUCUGCACGUUCAUCGCUCCCUCUGUGGCGCGACGAGGUGAAGUGACUGUUGCAACAUCCACCGGUGGAGCAAGUCCGGCACUCGCGAGGACUUUCCGGGAGAAGCUGGAGUCCAGCAGGAUUCUGGAGUACGCUGACCUGGCACCUGUACUGGCACGCGGGCGGGCUGAGCUGCGUCAGAGAAAGUUGAGAGUCGCGCCGGACCAUUGGCAGAGUUGCAUCACUGAGGAACUGCUGGAUCUCGUGCAGAGGGGGGAUGAGACGACAGCCUACAAGAUGCUGAUUGACGGGCUGGUUGCUGAAUCGAGCGAGGUAGAAGAAGACUUGAGCAACGUCGAGAAGGUCUCACUUGUGGGCGCCGGACCAGGGGAGCCAGAGCUUCUGACGGUCAAGGGCCUGAGGCUUCUUGAAACGGCCGACGUGAUUGUACAUGACCGCCUGAUCAACAAUCGGCUGCUCGCCAUGGCCAGACCUGAUGCCGAGGUUGUAGAUGUCGGCAAGAUCCCCGGCGGCGGAAGAAGACAGUCGGACAUCAACAAUUUCCUGAUCAGCACAGCCCGCCAGGGCAAGCGUGUAGUCAGGCUGAAGGGCGGAGAUCCGUUCGUUUUCGGCAGGGGCGGCGAAGAGGCUGACGCGCUAGUCGCUGCCGGAGUCCCAUUCGAGGUGGUCCCGGGAGUUACAUCGGCUGUGGCGGCGCCCGCCUACGCGGGGAUACCACUCACGCACAGAGAGCAUGCAUCAUCCUUUACGGUCGUCACGGGAAGUCUCUCGGGUAAAGGUGGCGGCAACUCGCCCGACUGGGAAACACUCGCAAAGACGCCCGGCACACUUGUGAUUCUCAUGGGGUGGAGAAAUCUGUCGGAUAUCGCCGCGAAACUUAUCGCCAACGGGCGAUCGGGGGCGACACCCUCUGCGGUCGUGAGUUGGGGCAGCGAGCCGUGGCAGAUGACGGCGACGGGCCGCCUGGACUCAAUCGCGGACAUCGCUAAGUCCCAGGGACUGGAAGCUCCGGCAACGGUUGUGGUCGGAGACGUUGUCAGGCUCCGGGAACGGCUCAAUUGGUUCGAAUCGCUGCCCCUCCUGGGCCGCCGAGUGCUGGUGACCCGCACGCGGAACCAAGCGGGGCUACUGUCUCGACACCUGGGAGAGCUAGGAGCAACUCCAAUUGAGAUUCCUACAAUUGACGUUCGACCUCCACAUGACUACUCGAAACUGGAUGAAGCGCUCGCGGAAGUGUCGGAGUUCGACUGGAUAGUCUUCGCCUCCGCAAAUGCGGUUCGAGCCGUGUACGAUCGCCUCGUAGCGACGGGCCGUGACUCGAGAUCGCUGCAUGGAGUCAGCGUGGCCACAAUAGGCCCGGCGACCGCUGACGCAAUAGUGAGCUUGGAAUCGUUGCCGAUCUAG